AUUUUGAUGUUAAAGGUUUUUGAAAUUGAAUGUAUAGACUGUAGAUCAUUGAUUAUUGUUUAUGGAAUAUGGUAUUGUGUUCUGUGAUAGAUGGAAAUUAGUUGUGAAAUUUGGAAUGUUUGAUUUGUUGGUAGUAAAAAAGGCACUUUUUGUUACCAUAUGUUGAGCUUCUGGAUUCCAUUUUGUUAAGUUACUUUAUAGCUUGAUGAUUAUGAUUAUGUUUCCCUGUUUACUGUUUUCUCCAUAUUUAACUGUUUCCCAUGUGUUAUAUUGUUAUACAGUUUUGGGUACUGAGAACCAUGUUUAAAGUUCUGGGCUUAUGCAAAUAAGUUGUCUGAACAUUUAAGCCUUUUCUUUGAAGUCUCAGUGUGAUUGAUGAUGUCCUUUUGCCUUUGCCCUUUGGCAGUUUGUUGUCCUCUCUGAUUAGGUAUUUUGUUUCUUCCUUGAGGAUGGAUAUGGUUGGUUACUUUUAUUUGUCUUCAUGAAAAGUUCUUCAAUUUAUACACUGACGUUUUGGGUGUUUUUUUGGGGGGAUAAAGAGUAAAGACUGUAUGGUUUACCCUAACAUUGAAAUCGUAUAGUAAAUUUAUUGACUUGGUUCUUCAUGUUUUCCCCUAAAUGGAGUUGAAUGUUUGGCACAUAAUCGUUGUUGGUUGUCUUCCAUUUAUAUCCCAUUUAAGAUUGUCUUUCCUCUUUGUAAAAUCAAAGUUAUUUCAUCUUAUUUGAAGCCAUUUUUUGCUUCGGUUUUGGUUUGUGUCUGCUUAAUUGAUGUUCUAUGUUGAUAUUCAUUCAGCAACUCCAUCAAAGACUUUCCCUAACCUUUGGAAACGAAAAGGGAUUCUAGAUUCUUGAUUUUGUGCGAGUUUAUUUGUGUUUGAUGGCUGAAGAUAAUACCAAUUCGUCAGUGUGCUCAGAAACCUCGGGGAAGAACGAGUCAGAUGGGGGAAGACCAAUUAAAAGUAGCACGGAGAAAGCAAGGCGUUUGAGUAACGUGCCUGGUGUUCUUCCUUCUGAUAGCUUAUCAUCCCGUGGUUCUGAUGAUGGAAGCAGUUCGAGAAGAUACUCGACUGGAAAACAAAAUCCGGCUGAUAAUGGUCAAAGCAAUCUUCCGCAUUAUCUCCGAGCUUCUACUGGUUCUUGCCACGAUUUCUGUAAAUAUGGGAGGAAACAUUCUUCUGAAUCCAAGCCAAUGCUUCCUCUGUCUCAGAGAAUUAAAAGACCUCAUCAUCAGAAGCUGAAUUCUGUGGGGCCCACGGUGGGAGAGGGGGCGAAGGCGACUCUGCCCAAACCAAGACCUUCUGAUCAUUCCCGUGAAUCCCGUGAUCCAGAAGUCCACUUCCCACCGCCACCUGAAAUCAUCAAAGAAGUAGUCUUCUUGGAGCCGAAGGAAGUUGAGCGUUCUCCAAUAAAACACAAUUCCUCGAGUGACAAUGUGAUGCCAAAGACGGACACGAAAAUAAAAAAUAUGCCGGUGAAGGUGAAGUGCUCCCCGCCUAUGCAACGCCCUCAAGCUAAGGUAUUGAAACAAUCAUCCGUUCAUAAGUCUUUAGAAGUUGUAAAGCCGGCUGCCAGAAGAGUCAGCGAUAUAGGUUCUCGAGGAAAAAGUGAUAUUUUGAGUUGUGAGAAAAACGGUGACACCAAAACUGGCAGAAAGACCAUUGCGCCCAAAGCAUCUCGACAGAGAGUCAUUGUAUCCCUGACUGCUUUACCGACCUCAAAGUCUUCUGUCAGUAAAUCAUUGAAUACGAGAAAAAGAAUGGAUAAUAGCUCAGCAUCGGUGAAGAACAAAAAUAGAGUGGAGGAAGCUGAAACCAAGACUGAAGAAGAAAAGGUCUCCGAGAAAACCUUGCAUGUCAUCGAGGUGGACCCCAAGGACGUCGAGAUGGACCCCAAGGAUGAUCUUGUAGAGCCUGCUCAAGAUGGCGAGAUUAUGGAAGACGAGGAUGAUGAUGAUGUUGUUGAGCCCGCUCAAGAUGGUGAAAUUCUUGCUCCGCUUUCACCACCGUCUUCAUUGUUGCCCGAAUCUUCAUCGACUUCAAACACUCGUGAUUUGCAAAUAGCACGUAAUCCACGCAAGAGCUUGACUAAGGCGAAGCCUGUUGUUUCUAAACUAGAUGCUUCCUUGCCAGUAAAACUAAAAUUUAGGAGGGGUAAGGUGGUGGAUAUCCGGCAAGAAAACAAUUCUCCAAGGAGACUAAGCUUUAGGAAAAGAACGCUCUUGGGGAAAAAUCAAGACAGCAAGACCGAAGGUAAGGGCAAGCUCGUGGAUUCCAUGCAUGAUGGUCAAAAGCUCUCAUCUCAUCCACCGUCCCGCGAAAAAGGAGGACAAAAUGGUAAAGAAGUAUCUGGUCUCGCAAACAGCAAAGGGGAUGACAAUAAACCGGCUUUAAAGGGAGUGAAAAGUGCAGGAAGAACUCAAAACAAGACCUCGAAAAAGGACAAUCCAAUUGUUAUGAGACUCGACAAUCCUUUACCCGUGAAACUGAAGUUCAAGAGAGGAACAGUCGUGAAUCCCCAACACGAAAGCACCGCUCCAAAGAGACUUGGUUUUGUAAAGGUAAGACUUUUGAGGGAAAACCAAGGCAGUAGUAGGAGCGAUGUGAAGAAAAAUUCUAAGAAGAGAGUUGAGAGCGGAGAAAAUAGUACGAGCCUCAACCCUGGAAAGGUAGUCUUGAGGCACCAAGACGUGCAGCAGGGAAAGAAAGACGCCCAGGGGCUAUUCAACAAUGUUAUCGAAGAGACAGCAAGCAAGCUCGUCGAAACCAAGAAAAGCAAGGUUAAAGCUUUGGUGGGCGCUUUCGAAACAGUCAUCUCUCUCCAAGAGAAAAAACCUUCCGCUCACGCAGUCUCUUGACAGCCAAUAAAACCGCGUGUCCACACACUUCAUGUCGACGAGAAUUUAACCACGAAACCUCGUUACACCAGCCACCCUUCUCUUAACAGGUUUAUGUGAACACUCUUCUAAUUUUCCUCGUCCUCGUGCUAAAUUACUAACAUGUCGAGAUUUUUUCUUUGUGACAAAAUUUUGAAUUUCUUUCGAGAUUGCUAUUAUCACAAUAACUCGAAAUUUCGUAUUCCCAUCAUAAUUUAUUCUGCACCCUUUUGUUCUCUGGUGUAUCUAUAUCCCCUUACAAACUAGACAAAAAGAAGAAGAAGAAAAGAAGAAAAACUCCAUACUAAAUAAGCAAAAAUGUAUUGAAAGGCACAGAGAUUUUGAAGAUUCAUUAGUGACAAGAAAUUCAUGAAUGUAUGUGUGUAAAUGAAUAUUUCAUUUGUGGUAAUAAGAGCUUGAUUUGGUGUGUC